UAAAUAUGCAUUUAUGAUAAUUAAAGUAAAAUAAAUGCUAUGAUUGAUUUUAUUGGUAAGAUUAAAAAUAUUCAGGAAAGCAAUAAGCAAUCUUUAAAACAGAUAAAAGUAGUUUUUGAAUUCCGAAAUCUCAUUUCAAAGAAUUUUUAAUCUAUUAGUAUAAUUAAUAUAUUAACAAGUAAUCUUAAAAAAAAUUGUUACAAGAAUAAAUAUAUUUAUCCUACCUACAUUCCUAUCGACUAAAGGUAUUAUUCUCCAAUUCAUUUUGUUUUAUACUUUGUAUAUAAUACUAUUGAGAAGGUAAAUAGAUAAAAACAAACAAAGAAAAAAACAAAAAAAUGUUUUAUUUAGUUAUAAUUUUUGGAAUAUUGA